UGCGAAUUCUACUUUGUUAUCUCUGUGGUUUAUUUGUAUUGUAAACGGGGAUUUACUCAUAAAAUAUAAAUCAAUAAAUAAUUAAAAAUUUGUUACUGUUGUGCAAGGAAUAUACUACUCUCUACUGUUGUGUUGUCACUGUAUUCUGUAACUGUAACCAUUUUCAUUGAAACCAGUAUUUAAUACUACUCUUUGAUUGAAACCUAAAAGUUUCUUACAAUGAAAAGCAAGAAACAAGCUGCCGAGUUGCAAGAAAUAGAAAAUUUACUUGAAAGUGACGACGAACUACCGCAUUCAUAUAAUGAGAACCCUGAAAUCCCAGCUUACGUAAAUGACGAAAGGUUUAAUCCAAUCGUAUUCAGAUGGAUAGAUAAUCCCGAAAUGCAAGCCCAUUUCUCAAAUACAGCUAACAAGCAAACUGAGUCACUGAAUGAAUGUCAGAACGAAACAGACGAUACAUUGGAAAAGGAUUUGGAAAAGAAAUACAUAACUAAAGGAUAUUUGAGCAAGCAAGAUUUACUUUGUGUAAAGUACAUAGCAGGAUCUGUUCCUGAUGCUUUAAUUUUUUGGUUUGUAGACUUCCUUGUGCGUAAAAACAUUCAAUCAAAGUAUCAGGGAAGGUUUAAAAGUUGUCUUGUAAGUACUUUUCCCAGUGAUAUAAACUACUUUGUUAACAUUACAAAGAAAAAUGAUGCUGUUGUCACCUCAAAGAAAAAGUAUAAAAUUGUUAUAAAAGUGUAAGUUAAAUUUAAUAGAUAAUUAUUAUAAUGGCAGACAGAAUAUUAAUGUGUUUGAAAUAGCUUUACUGUUGUCUGAUAGUUUCUCUCUCUGCCUUUUUCUUCUUCACAACUAAACUACUGAACCGAUUUUGCACAAAGAUAGUUUGCAACCUGAGAGAUUUCGUAAUAGCACAGGAACUGUUACUAUACCAAUUUUCUAAAUUUCCUUAUCAGAAGAUGUUUAAUAUAAAUUAAGUGCAACAAAAAUUUUAUAUGUUCAGUUGUGACUUAUUCCUCGAAAAUUAAACAAGUAAAAUUACAGCACAAUAUUAAUUUUUGAUAAUUUUAAGGAUCUAUACUAAAUAAUUCAUUAAAAUAUAAAUUCUUCCUUAUAAUUCUUCUGGUAUGUUUGCAUUCAACAAAUUCAAAAGCAACUAAACUAUUAAAAUCAACGAUUGAUGGGAAACUGAAACUAUCUCUCUUCAGUUUUGUGUUCCUAUCAAAAAUACAAUUCUCUAAAGUAGUCUUAAAAAUAGUCAUACAAUAAAUUUAUAUUUACUACAGUUACUGUUGUCAAAACAUUAACUUUGUCUUACAAUAUUGGCUCUAAAUUUCAUACUUGAAAAAUUAUAACAUGUUUACAACCACACUUCCCCCCACGUUAGCCCUCCUUAUUUAGGCCAGUCUUUCUUAUUUUCUGUUUUAUUAAAAUUGAGUGUAUUAUUAUUCUCUUGUGUUUGAUUUGACACAAGUAUUAUAUUAUGUAAAAAAAUCUAAAUGAAUAUAUUUCUAUCACAAGCAUAAAAUAUCCAAAUCUAUUUUAUAAUUAAGUUUUUUUUUAUGUAAGACGCCAUAAAUUAUGGGACAAUGGUACCUUGUCCAACUGUGUAACUAUAAUAGUGUGUUAUAAUUUUAUUAAUAGUUUUAAUUGUAAUAAAAAAGUUAAAUAAAACAGAAUUUAUCAACAA